AGCGAAGCGAACUCCGAAGUUUACGGCUGACAUUGCAUUGACGCGUUAAGAAGUGCGAGAAGUCGCGCACACGUUAAGGGGGCCUCCGCGAAACUGUAUACAUAAUACAAAGCAUACGUAAUUCUGCCAAUAAUCCAAAACUAUAAUAUUUCUCGAUUCAUCGCGCAUUACAUAGAGUCACCGAGACAUACGUCAUAUAUAAUAACAAUAAUAAUACAAAAUAAAAUAAUCGCCGUCGAAUCGUGUCUGUGCAGCGCAGAUCUGCCGCCGGGCCGCCGCCGUCAGUGCAAUAGCUACAAGCAAAGCAGCAGCAGCAGCAACCAAAGAACAUCAUCAUCGUCGUCGUCACUCCGAAAGCGAGAAGUUGUUCGCAGCAGUUGUCUCGCGUUAGACGUAAUCGUGCUCACGGGUAUAAAACAGGGUAGCAGAGCGACGACAGUCCACCUACGAUUUCAGCCCGCAAAAAAGUAAAAAAAAAAUAACAGAAACAAACAUGAAGAAACAUUUGGCGUGUUAUUUGGCCCUCGGCUGCUGUCUACUCGUCGCGGUGUCAGGAGCUACUACAAAAUUGCCUGAUACAACAACUCCUGAAUCAAAAACUUCAACUGUUCCACCCACAACUGUUCCUACAAAACCAACUCCUAGUACUACAACUUCAACCACGACUACAACAACAACAACAACUACAACCACAACUAGUACUACACCAACACCACCUACAACUCCUCCUCCCCCUACAACCACGGCUCCUCCAAGUCCUCCUGUACCAAAGCCAGAUCCUCAAAAAUAUGUGGCCAACAUCUCAGAUCAUAAUCUCAUAAUUGCUAGAAUGGCAAUGCAAAUUAACAUCACAUAUGAAAAUGUAGAUUCCAAAAUGAAUGUAUCAAGACAAAUCAACAUUCCCAGUGAUAACAGAACUACAGCAUUUGGAAGCAAUUCUUCUCUUAAUGAUGAAGUUUUGCAACUGACGUGGAAAUCCGCUGGAACAGGCAAUAACUCUGUUCUUUUACAUUUCAAAAAAGAUGCCAAAACAUAUGCUCUUACUGGUGUAGAAGUCAUGGUCCAACCUCAAGAAUUACCUCAUAGCAAAUACAAUGAAAGUGUAACCUUUGCUUUUAACAAAGAAGCCUACAAUACUACUUUGGGUAAUUCCUAUAGAUGCAUUAGAUUGCAAACUUUCAAUUUGACCAAAACUGAUGAAAGUACAGUAAUGGCACAACUUAGUGUAUAUGACAUGCAAUUCCAAGCUUUUAAAUCUGACGAUCAAACUAGUUUUGGUUAUGCCAAUGACUGUCAGUUUGACACACCAGACGUGGUGCCAAUAGCAGUAGGCUGUGUUCUUGCUGGUUUGGUUGUAAUAGUUCUGGGAGCCUACUUGAUUACCCGCAAACGUACCGCCCGUGGAUACCACAGCAUGUAAUUGGGAUGUUGCCCAAUUUUUUUUUACUACCAAACUCAUAUUUCUUCAUGUGAAUUCUGUGCGCAGAAAGCGAUUACUUUCCGUAAGAAUUCUUCAUUUUUCUGGAACAUUGCUUGGUAGAAAUAUUUACUUUUUCUAAUUCAUAUUUAAUCAUUUAUAAAAUUACGAAAGCCAUAUAAUUGUAAGUAAUUUUUCUUAAUAGAGUAACAAAAUCUUUUGGUCGUACUUAGUUAAAAAUCGUUCUAUAUAAUUAAUUAAUUUUUUCUUUGAUUAUUAACGCAUUCAUUACUUGUCAUAAAACUUUCGAAAUAUUUGUUGACAUCUUGAUUUAAUUACGAAUUUCCUACAAUCAAAACACUGUCACCAAAGUAAUUUGAAGGUGCAUGAGAUGUAAUCUUGUCUUUCUUUUGCUCGUACGAUUUCAUAUCAACUUUUUAUAUUGUAUAUUAUUGUCCUUUGUACUGAUCCUCUUCAGAGGCGAUCGUGAGUAAAAAGCUCAAGAAAACAUUAUUAUAUAGAAAACCUUGGCUUGAGUAUUCCAUAAGAUGUUGCUCGUCAUUUCUUUUGAUUUGUUAUUAACAAAAACAAUGAAUUAUUUAAAUGAUGAUUUUUCUGCACUUACAGUACCUUUAACUGUAACUUAAUUUAAAUUAAAUUGGAGUGCAAUUAUGUAAAGUCAAGCUUCGAAAGAAACUAUAGUCUGGCUCAAAAUUCAAGCUACAAAACUUCACAAAAUAAUUGAUGUUUAUAAUAUUCUAAUCAUUAACAUUCCUUUCAAAAUACUGUUGCCAAUUUUAUGAUUUUUUCUUUUGAUUGAAUUGAAUAAGAUAACGUAAUGAAAUUACUUCUAUGCUUGUUAGAUUAAGUGGCAGUAAUCGGAAUCGUAUGUCAAUUUGUCGAAAUAAAUGAUAUUCGUGAUUACACAUGGGCUAUUUCUGUGUUUAAGAGCCUUAAAAAUUGAAUUGUGAUAUUUCUUUGUACUACUUCAUUGAAAGCUUGUAAAGACUGUCAAAAAAGGAGUCGAAAAAUGAAAUAUGUUUUUUUUUUAAUAAUGCGGAAAAUUUUUUUAUUCGUACCGAAAAUGUAAUUUGGUUACUUUGUCUGGUGUUUUACUUUGGCGCUUUGGUGCUACAAAUAUAAUUGAAAAAUUAUUUUAUAAUUUCACUGAAAGCUGUCCAUAGCCAGACAACAAUAGUCUUGCGUUCUUUGUGAAUUAUUCGAUUAUUUAUAACAAAAAAAAAAAAA